AUGGCAACAACAACAUUGCUUGCUACUACGUCAGUGGCAUUUAGUCAAAUAGAUACAACAAGCAUAGGAAUGGCCACGUCUGCAAGAGAGAUACAAGAAAGAGAGAGACUAGAAAGAGAGAGACAAGAGAGAGAGAAACAAAAAAGAAAGAGACAAGAGAGAGAGAGACAAAAAAGAGAAGCGAAAGAGAGACAAAAAAGAGAAAUGCAAGAAAGAGAGAGACAAGAAAAAAAAGAAAAAGAGAGACAAAAAAGAGAGAAACAAGAAAGAGAAGUGAAAGAGAGACAAAAAAGAGAGAGGCAAGAAAAAGAGAGACAAGAAAGAAAAUAA